CACAAAUGCAAUACACUGAUUAAGCAGUUUUCUGAAACAAAGUUGUGCAUUGCUGAGUAGCUAUAAUGAAAGGCACUGGUGGAUUACUAUCUGCACAACGUCGAUUACAAGCGCUUUUUAUUGGGCUUAUCACUAUCCUGUCGUGGUGUGAUGCCUCACAAACCCGGCUGCCCCGCGAAUUUCUCCAGGUCUUCCGCAGUGGAGCGGAUGCGAUCGAUCACGUGCGCGCAGUACGGAGUGUUUUCGAUAUCCCGGAUAAUAUCAUCAGCUCAUCCACUGGAAGCAGCUUUGAAUUUUUGUCUAAAGAUGCCAGUUCCAAGCAUCCUUACGAAUACUGCCUAACUCUACAAAACGCCGCAAAACCGUUAAAUUUUUUCCAUCGAUGCAUUCCGUUUGCACUGAACGCAAAGGUCACUUUGACGAACAGCAAUAUCAAAGAGCAGGUGACGUUCACCAUGGUCAACACAAGUCUCCAUGCUGCCAUACAAAGCCAUCCGGCUGGCGGUAUCACGGAAACCGGCAUCGUUUUCACUCCCAAGGAGGAAGGAAUGGACGUGAGCGUCAACGGACAACCGGCACCUUUCUACCAGCUGGCGGUGCGCUGGUAUAUUCUGGGCGCCUUCCAGAUCGAUCCAGAUGAAUGUAUUCUGGACAAAAUGGACUUGGUCAAUCGCAGUCUCAACGGUGCGUUUUCCUUCUCAAACAAAAGCGUUAUGUCGGUAACACAAAUGGCGAACCACAAACCCAACCAGUUCGCCAUAUCGUACGCGUACGGCCCAGCCAUACCGUCCGGUGUCCAGCUGGUCGAGCAUCACUAUGGUGUUUAUCUGACUGGCGCUCUGUAUACCCUUUCGGGUCUUGAUUUCAAUGCUACAAUGGACGAGUCUACACCGCUGUCCACACACAUCACCAUCGAUAUGAGGGCGCCAGAAACCACGCCCCCCAAGCAGAGAGUCCUAGAGACCUUUAACUGGCAGUGGAACACCAUAACACAGAAUAUCACCGUCAACAACGAGACAGUGACCUUGGUGUAUAAGCGCACUGUGCCCUGGCCGUAUCACGGUACAUUCGAGGAGAUACGGACUAAUGUGACCACAGCACCUUCCGGGGCCUUCCGUUUUUUAGAUACCGAUGCUAAGAACGACACCUGCGCUACUCCACGGCAUCUACGAAUCUUUAAGCAACCGGCCAGUCGAGAUGUUGUAAUGACGGAGGAGAGUUGCCGAAACACUUCUCUUCGGAUCAGAAUCGGCGAGAUCGUCGAACAGUCACUGCAUUCUGAGAAAGGCAUAAUCCUGACUACCGCCGCCAUGGGCGUCAACGGGGAGUUGACCUUUACCAUGAUAGCGCGCAGCCAUAUGCAAAACGGAUCGGACGGCCAACUUUCCCGCAACCGUACCAUUCGCAUGUCCUUGGAUCCAUCGACACCAUUACCAACGCUGAAUGUGAUGUGUGCCGAUCACGUGCUGAUCGACGGGCAAUGGAGAGAACACCAGCAUUCCGCGCAGUUUCGACGCGUUGUAUCGCCGCUGGUGUUGCGCCGGCUAAGAAACAUCAACAGCAGUGUAGCCGAGCCGCCGUUUGUUCAAGAAAUCCGGCAGAUAGCCGAUCAGCAGUUCCAGAUGACAUAUGAAGGGUCUGGAGUGUUACGUGUGCAUCGGUUUGCGUUUAACACUCCGACGCGUCAAGAUCGGGCCGCGCCUCAGCAAAUGUCCAUGUCCACGUACCUGGAAGUGUACGGCAAUCCCAUAUGGACAGAGUACACUGUGCGUCCGGUCAACGGGUCCUUCGACUUAUCCGUGGCCAGACUGGAGAAGGACCGGGUGCAAAUCUUUCACCAGGAGGGCGCACAACGGUUUUGGUGUUCCCUUUUCUUAUACACGCGUUGCUAUGAAGACAGUGGUCUUGUGGUGGAAAGUCACGAAAGUGGCUAACGCAUGUAAUCCUUCCCCGUACAUUAAAAAGUAAUUGUGUUAUGAAUUCUAUCAUUUUUAAC